CGCGGGGCUGUAGGGAGACAUGUGGAUGCUGGGUGGGGGCUCGCGGGGGGGGCGCACAGCCGGCGGGGAGAGGUCUCGGGUUCCUGACACCGUACCCCCGCCCGCCAGAAUGGGCAGCAGCUCGCUGUCCGAGGACUACCGUCUGUGCCUGGAGCGUGAGCUGCGGCGUGGCCGCGCGGGCGUGUGCGGGGACCCAUCGCUGCGCGCGGUGCUGUGGCAGAUCCUGGUGGAGGACUUCGACCUGCACGGGGCGCUGCAGGACGACGCGCUGGCGCUGCUCACCGACGGCCUGUGGGGCCGCGCCGAUCUGGCCCCCGCGCUGCGCGGCCUGGCCCGCGCCUUCGAGCUGCUGGAGCUGGCUGCUGUGCACCUGUACCUGCUACCCUGGAGGAAGGAGUUCACCACCAUCAAGACCUUUUCAGGGGGCUACGUACACGUGCUCAAGGGCGCCCUCUCCGAGGACCUCCUUCUCCAGAGCUUCCAGAAGAUGGGUUACGUGCCCAGGGACAACCACUGCCUCAUGAUGGCUGCCCUGCCACCCGCCUGCCAACUGGUGCAAGUGGCCCUGGGCUGCUUCGCCCUCCGGCUGGAGUGUGAAAUCCUGGGCGAGGUGCUCGCGCAGCUGGGGACCAGCGUGCUACCAGCAGAUGAGCUGCUGCAGGCCCGACGGGCCAGUGCAGACGUGGCCUCCUGUGUGGCCUGGCUGCAGCAGUGGCUGGCCCAGGAAGAGCAGCCGCCACCUCUGCCCCCCCGGAGUUCCCCAACUGUCUACCAGAGCCCGCUGGACCUCUACCGGGACCUGCAGGAGGACGAGGGCUCGGAGGAGGCCAGCCUGUACGGUGGGCCCUCACCAGGCCCCGACUCACCACCCCCAGAGCUGGCCUGCGGCCCUCUGCUGUGGGAACAGAGCGCCAAACUGUGGGGGGCCAGGGGCGGGGCCUGGGAGCCCCUAGGGGAGGCAGAGGUGCUGCCGCAGUCCAGCAGCCCACCCUACGGGGCCUCGGAGGAGGAGCUGGAGCCGGAGCCUACGGCCUUCUCCUUCCUCUCCCUGCGACGUGAGCUGCUCAGUCAGCCUGCAGAUGUGGCGGCUCCCAAAGCCCCAGGGAGCCCCGGGCGGGCCAGCCCCCAGCCCCCUGGCUACCAGGCACACAGCUGCCUAGCUCCUGGUGCCCUGCCCACCCUCUGCUGUGAUACUUGUCGCCAGCUGCACGCGCCCCACUGUGCUGCCCUGCCCACCUGCCGUCCAGGCCACGCGCUCCGCCCACUGCUCAGUGACACCCAGCGGCGCCUCUGGCUGCAGCGCGCACAGGUGGACACCCUGCUCUACGACGGACCCAGGGCCCAACCUUAGGCCCAGCCUCAAGGGCCUUCCAGAGACUGUUUCUGUGGUGCUUCCCUGGGCCUCAUCAGUCCUCCGGCCUAAGCCCCCGACCACCCUAACCCCUGGGACUCCUGAGCACAGCAAGGUGGGGAACUGGGCUUCAAGAGGCAGGAUGUGGGGUCCUGCCUUCCAUGGGAAGCCCCUGCCUUGGCCUGGCUGACUCCCUACCCACUGCACUCAGCAUCCAGGCUCACGUCCAAAUGUGCUGCAUGGAGAAGUCUUACCACCAAGCCUACACCCAAGAAAGGGCCCUCCCCCCCCCCUCCCCCCGCCAUCUCACUGAAGGGCCCAGCACUCAGUGUGUAGCUCUUGACCUGAGCCCUACAGCUGUCCUUCAGAACACUGCUGCCCUCCAAGUGUCCAGAGGGGAUUCUCCUCACAGAGGUGUCCCUAGGGGCCACUGAGCACCACUGUGACCAGUCUGGGGGCUCUGCAAGGUCCAUGGCUGACCUACCCCUUGCCCAGAGGUGUCAUGAGCCAGAGCUGAAUGAGCAGAGGGCUGGCUGGAGACCAGGUGGGCCAGGAAGUUUGGUCCACAAGUGGGGAAGAAAUGAUCUGACCUCAAAGCAGACUGAGGCGGCCCCAGAAGUCCAGAGCGGAGGCGGCUAGUGGAGCCUGGACGGGCUGUCACUCCCCUUUGCGGGUAGAAUGUGGGGCUUCCGAGCAGUCAGCACCCCACACGCCACCCUGCUGGUCACUUUUGGCUGCACAGGCUCUGGAAGGCGUGGGUGGGGGUGGUGGGAAGGCCAUGCAGGCUUCCCUCCUGAGAACUCUCCCUGCGUCAGUGGUAAAGAUGGGUCCGGGCUUCUGAGCAGCCACGUGCUAAGGCAGACUGCCAAGGCCAAGGCAGGCAGGCAGGCAGA